AUGUCGUCGUCCGAUGCUGCUGGUCCUAGCACGCCCACCCCGCGGCAAUCGGGAGCUGCUGUGCAGAAGGCCAGUCCGCAGCCCGAGUUCAAGGUCGACCCCGGCGCGCCGCUCUUCGUGGCCAAGGCCGUACUCGCGUCUGGCGCGCUCGGCGUCGUGAGCGGAGCGACGUACGGUCUCGUGAAGCACAUCGACCCCUUCCCGCCAGCAGUGUCCAUGGGCACGAACUUCUUCAUCGGCGGCCUGGCCUUCUUUGGUACGCGCGAGUACCUCGUCUCUCCCAUCAUCAAGGGGCUUCGGCAGCAGGAGGGGUAUGAGCCGACGGGGACGCUGUGGGACGUGCGCACGCAGCGCGUACUCGACUCGGCCAUUAGUGCUGGACUCUCUGGAGGUAUUCUCAGCCUUCUCCUCCUUCCAGCCGCCAUGACUUGCGCGCUCCUCGCGACGGGGGGACAGUUCGCCGUGAACGAAGUCCGCGUCGCGAGGCUGAAGUACCUCGCGCGCAAGGAAGGCGUAGAGCUCCAGUCCCAGGGCCAGGAGGAGAAGCUCACGCCCGCGGGAUCGACGCAGGACGUUUGGGACCGCCCGCUCGACCUUACGCAGAGUAUGCAGCAGCCGACCAAGACGGAGGAGGAGAAGGGGAAGCGCAUGGGCGACUCGGCCCUCUCGUCCCGCAUCCUUGAGUACAUGGCGUACAUCAUUCCGAUCAAGAAGAUCUCGGACGAGGAGUACAUGGAGCAGCUGCUCAAGAAGCGCGAUGUCGUCAACUCCAAGAUCAGCAACAUAGAGCUUGAGCAGUAUGAGAUGUUCGAGCGGGAGCAGCAGGCCAGGGCGAAGAAGGCGCAGGAGAAGCAGCAGGCGCAGCACGCGUAG